AGGUGACAUGAUGAGAUUCCCGUUUGGCGAAACCCGUCACGAAAGUGCCGGGAAACUAAACAUCAAGACCGCAAGGACAAGUGGUGGAAGCUUUGUUGGCAUCAUACAAGCAAGUUGCAUCUCAAGGCGUCUCAAUUAUCCAUUCAAGGAUGUUUCCUUCUAUCGAACCGAGUGAUGUGGGAGUGACGGGACUUCUGUGGCUCUUUGGAAGCUACGGAUAUGCUCUUUAUUCGGCUUCAAGCCUGAUUUCAGAAGGGUCUGAGCUGCUGCUCAUGAUUCCGUCUAUGGCUGGAUUGGUCGGAGGGGUGGUGUUACCAGUGCUUGGGGCCGUUCCCGAUGGAGCAAUCAUUCUGUUUAGUGGUCUUGGAUCCAUCGAGGAAGCACAAGAGAGCUUGGCCGUUGGUGUCGGAGCCCUGGCUGGUUCUACAAUCAUGCUUUUGACAGUCACGUUUGCCCUCGCAAUUUUUGGUGGUCGAGUAGAUGUGGAUGCAGGAGGAACACCCAACUAUACCUCCAAGCCAAAGCUUACGCCAAAGUCCAGCAUUAUCGAUGAGUUCAUGGCAACAGGGGUUGCAACAUCGAAAGCUGUCAAGCAGGGAGGUCUCAUCAUGGCAUUCACCACCAUCCCAUUCUUCUUGAUCCAACUUCCAGCAAGUUUCAUCCAUACUCCCUCCGAGGACGUAUCCCAAGCAGAGCACUGGUGGGCCUUGACUGGAUUAAUCAUUUGCAUCGUUGGGCUCGUGGCAUACAUGAAAAAGCAACUCGAGUUCAGCAAUGAAGGACAAGACCAAGAGAAGCGUGUCGCAGCGGUCAAGAAACUUCUUCUACAAGGCAAGGUCAGCCUUUCGGGUGCUUUGGGCGCUGCAAUUUUGGAGCCUGACAUGCAUAUCAGCACAGAAAACAUGCCUGAAUACAAGAACAUGGAUGCUGACACGGACGCGAACAAUGCUCUUCCUCCCAAAGUCCAUGAAUAUCUGAAAGAGGUUUUGUUGGAUGCAUUCCUGACAUAUGAUAAUAAUCGGGAUGGAACUCUUGAUAGGAUCGAAGUAUACAGGUUCUUCCGAGACUUUCACGAGAGUAUCAAACCGGACGAAAUGGACAGUUUGUUUAAAAAGUUUGACAAUGACAAAGAUGGUGCCUAUUCCUUCGACGAGUUCAUUGCCAUGGCUUAUACCUUCAUCAUGGAACGUGAACACGAUGAACGCACUGGCUCAGAAACCAGGGAUGCAGGAGACCAAGCCAAUGGAGAAAUCGUAAAGGGCAUCUUGGCCGAAGGGGAAGAAGAGGAAGAGGAAGUACCAGCAGACUUUACCGAUUUACCUCCAGAUCAACAACAAUCUGCCAUCAAAAAGCGAGCUUUCUUCAUGUUGGCAAUCGGGACUACACUCGUGGUGAUCUUUUCAGACCCCAUGGUAGACGUGAUGCAAGAAGUCGCUGUGAGAAUUGGCGUACCUCCGUUCUACGUUGCAUUCAUUCUUGCACCGCUUGCAUCCAACCUAAGUGAAGUCGUUGCGAGCUACUACUAUGCAUCCAAGAAGACUCGCAAAACAAUGUCUGUCUCCUUGUCUGCUUUGGAGGGUGCUGCUGCCAUGAACAACACAUUUUGCCUAUCCAUCUUUAUGGGGCUUAUCUUCUUUCGUGGUUUGGCAUGGGAAUACACAGCUGAGACGAUUGCAAUUCUGGUAGUCGAGUUUGCCGUUGCUGCCAUUGUGCAAAAGGAUAUCCUGACAACGUUUCAUGGUGUUCUUCUUAUGUUGAUCUUCCCGUUGAGCAUUGCCUUUGUGGCUCUGAUGGAAUUUCUUGGCUUUGAUUAGCUUACCAGUACUAGUUGUAACUUGCACGCAUACAAUAAAGCAAUACUUGUCCAGAAGCAAAGCAAAUUCUGAAAGCUCUUAAUCAAAUUG